AUGUAAACGAACGAGACGGGAAGAACAAAUAAGCAAACGCAACUAUAAAUUCUCCUCUCGGGGGAAAGGCGGAUGAGGGAACAGCUUCGACGAAUAAACAAAGAAAGAGAGAGGGAUUCUACGUCGAAUCUGCUUCUGCUUCUUUGUCCAAUUUCUACUUUCAAGCUUCUGGUUUGCGUCGACGAUGGGAAGAGGAAAGUUCAAGAGCAAGCCGACCGGUCGGCGCCAAUUCUCUACCCCUGAAGACAUGCUUGCCGGAACUUCCACUCGUCCACGCACUUUUAGACAGGUAGAAGCUGAACACGAGGAGGAAGAAUCUGAGGAAGGAUCUGAUCAAGAAUCUGGAAAUGAAUCUGAUGAACAGGGAGAUAAACCUAGAAGAAAAGGCACUCAAGGUAUUAUUGAGAUUGAAAAUCCUAACUUGGUAAAGGCAAAAACCUUGAAAGCCAGAGACGUUGAUAUUGGAAAAACAACUGAACUUUCAAGGCGUGAAAGAGAGGAGAUAGAGAAACAAAAGGCUCAUGAACGAUACAUGAGGCUUCAAGAACAAGGGAAAACAGAACAAGCUAGGAAGGAUUUAGAACGUUUGACUCUUAUUCGUCAACAAAGGGCAGAAGCUGCUAAAAAAAGAGAGGAAGAAAAGGCCGCCAAAGAACAGAAGAAAGCAGAAGCUCGCAAAUGAGCUCCAAGGACUCGCCAAGCUCUUUUCCCUGGGACGAACAAUAUGUACUCUCUCUACAAUUUUACUUUCUAGUUUGCCUAGACAAAUAUUGUUGUUUUACGUCUGUGACCAGGCAACCAAGUAACUCUCUUAUUUGGCACAGAAGUGACCAUAGUAUUAUGUUGUUUUACAUUUAUGCAAUAUACUUCUGAUAUCUUCUUCAGUAUAAGAGGUUUCAUUCAGUAUUAGCAUA